CGUCGGCUGAAAAUAAAGUAUUACGUUAAUAACAAGUUUAUAUACAAUAGCAGCAAUAAUAGAAAUUUAAAUGUUCAUAAUAUAUAUUGAGCUGAUCAGCUGUUACAUUUGUAAGGUGUAAAACAUGUGUUUCUUUAGUUUUUAUCAGAUUAUAUUGGACUUGAUUGAACAAAGGAAAGCCAUGUUAUGCGUCUAUCGUGUGUUUAAAUAUAUCAAAGGGGAUUAAGUCUUACAAAUUCGCAUUGAAGAUAAGAUAUUUAUAAUUAUAUCAUUUUUAUGUUUUAACUUUUAAUGGAUUGGUGCAAGAAGCUUCUUCAUAGAAGAAACACUAUUCCUGUGGAUGAUGACCUAGAAACUGUUGUCGAAAGAAAAGAGAGAUGGAGAAGCAUUUAUGCAAUUUACUUUACUAUGUUUCUCAUGUCCCUUGGCUUCAGUAUUAUAAUUACUGGAGUAUGGCCGUAUCUUCAUAAAUUAGAUAAAAAAGCUAGUAAAGAGUUUAUGGGAUAUGUGGUUGCAGCUAAUCCCUUAGGACAAAUGCUAUUUUCUCCUCUGGUAGGAUGGUGGGGAGACAAAAGAAAAUCAAUGAGACUACCUUUUUUAACGACAAUAGCUCUUUUUGUAUUUGCAUCAGGAAUGUAUAGUGUUCUUGAAAUUCUACCAGGGAAUAGAAAGAUGUACAUGAUAGCUGCUAGAUUCUUGGUUGGAGUUAGCUCUGCUAAUAUUGCAGUAGCAAGGUCUUAUCUCUCUGCAGCUACGAAAUUUGUAGAGAGAACACGUGCUGUUUCUAUGGUGUCUUUUGCACAGGUAUUAGGAUUUGUGGUAGGACCUGGUUUACAAGCUGCAGUCACGCCUCUUGGAGAGAAUGGUUUAUAUUUUAUAAAUUUACCUGUUAAUAUGUACACUAUGACUGGUUGGAUAAAUGUUGUAAUGGGAAUUCUUAAUUUUGCUUUAUUUCUUCCAUGGAAUUUCACGGAACAUAGGAUUGCUAUACGUGAAGCGAUACGAAAUGAAGGGAAAGAAACAGAAGAAGAAACGCUGAAGUCUAUAAAACCUGACUAUGUGGCAUCAUGGACAUUGAUUUGUGCUUUCUUUGUCUUAGUAUUUAAUUUCGUUCUUAUUGAAACACUUGGUACUUCUUUAAUUAUGGAUCAGUUUGCUUGGUCAGAAACGGAAGCUGUGUACUAUAUUGGUAUAGUAAUGAGUGUUGGAGCUAUUGCAUCCUGUGUCACGUUUGUUAUGAUUGAACCUUUAUGCAAAAGAUUUAACGAACGUAAGAUGAUGUUGUGGGGUGGAUUUUUAUUUAUGGUAAUAGGAAGAAUACUUUAUAUUCCAUGGGGACCUGAUCCUCCUAAAAUUGCUUAUGUAGAAUCAUUUAGUAAUAUGACGACAGACUCCAAUAGUACGGAAAGCUUAGGAUGUCCAAAUACUCAAAAAUGGUGUUUUUAUACACCACAACUCACGAUUACACAGUGCCUUAUUGGGUUUGGAUUUACAACUAUAGGUUAUCCAUUAGGUGUUACUUUAAUACAAACUAUAUUUAGUAAAGUAUUAGGACCACGGCCGCAAGGUGUUUGGAUGGGAUUUAUGACAGGUGCUGGAUGCGCAUCUCGUGUCUUAGGUCCAAUAGUUGUUAGUGUGAUUUAUACUCGUUUUGGGUUAUAUCAUACAGUGGGUAUUACUGGUUUAAUUUUAAUAUUAUGUAUGUUAUGGCUGCAAAUUAUAAAUAAGCGAUUAAUUCCUCCCGAUGAAAAUGCUCGAAAAGAUACCAAAGACAUUGAUGUAGAAAUACCCUUGGUUCAUUUGAAAUCUAAUGAUACUCAAGAAUUGAAUGAUACUCAACAAAGAAACAAAACGGAGGAAUGUGAUAAAUUGUAGCAAUCGCUAUACUCAAAGUGCAAUUUUAUUUUUGAAAUCGUGGAUACUAUAUACAUAUAUAUAGACUGCCAUUAAAAACAUCUAAAUUAUAAAAAAUGCAAUUAUAUAUUUUUGAUGAAUAUUUACAGAUUUUUAAUACAUAUUUUACAUAUAUAAAUAUGUAAAUUGUAAAUGAAUAUUCUUACGAACAAUGAAAUGACAUGAACGGGAUUAUACAAUUUGAUCAAUGCAAACAAAUUUUUACACAAAAUAACUUGCUCAAUAUAUGUAUAUACAAUUAAUUUUAUUUCUAUAUUGAAAUGAUAUAUAAUUCUGAUUAUAAUAACAUAUAAGCUAAAUAUUAUAGUACAAAAAAUAUGAUAUAUACAAAAUUUAGAUUUUUAUGAUCUUAUGACGUAGUUUAAUGUUGUAUUAAAAGGAUUGUAAGAUUUGUGACUAUUAUAAACGAAAACAGUCAUAGAGGAAAUUGUUUAUGUUUUUUUAGUUUGUAUGUAUAGCAUCGAGCACAGUCAGUUUCCUUGGAGAAAAUUAAAGGGGAAAUGGAAAUUCUCAAAACAGGAUAUAAAUAAUUUUACAACAAAAUGCUCCAUUUUUAAAUGUUUUAUUGUAGAAGUUUCAAAAUUUAAUCAAUGUUCAAUCUAAUCGUCUUUCUUCGUGUCGGUCUUUCCUCCCCUAAUUCUUCCUGUACGACGCGCAGCAAUAAGACCAAUCUUACGACCAGCGCUGGUUCCACGCUUAACUGUGGAAGCUUUACCAAUAUGUUGAU